AUGCCUCUUGAAGUAGGAAUAUGGCAUCAUCACCUAAAGCAUAUAGACUCUGCUGUCGUUGAAAAUCGUCCGGUUUCAAUAAACGAGGGGCAAGUAUACGUGUACGAAAAUCAUUUUCCAGGAUAUACCAUCGACUACAUACACGUUGACAACGUUGCCAUCAAAUCUUGUGGAGCCAGCGCGGCGAUUAAAAAAGGCGGCAUCGGGACAUCUUCAGUGUUAAUUGUUUUACAUGCAGCGACCAACGAAGAGAUACGUUCAGUCAUAGAUAUAUGGGGCACAAAACAAUUUGAGAGAAAUACUCAAUCGAUCCCAGUAGAAGAUAAGUUUGGAAAUAUGAAAUCUUUGUACCUAUUUAAAGAAUUAAGAGCUGUCAAUCACAAUAAAGGCUUC